UCGACUACAAGUUUCAAAGGAUUUUUGUGUUUUUCAUUGUCCAAUCUCUUUUAAUCACAAGAGAGAUGGAAGGCGCCAGGCUUCUUACAUUGUUGGUCUUAUUGGCAACUGCUUGCWUYGUGAUUGCGAACGAUGAAACGCUCUCGGAGUUAGAAAAGUCCGAGGGGAAUGACGAGUCAGGUGAUUUGGCAAGCGGGACAUCUGAGAGGAAUGAUCAAUAUGACGAUGACGAUAGCCCGCCAAUAACUGAACUCCAAGAAGCAGCUAAAAACCAACGCAUCAAUGAAAUCAAAAUUAGACUUACGGCGUUCAGUGGUCCAUUGGUAUCCCGUGCUAAAGAAUCCUUAUCAAGUUUAAAUAGAAGCUGGACAAGCCUCUCCAACGAUGCCAAGGAACGUGCCCUAGAAACAUUAGGUGUCAUAUCUUCAAACAUUGAGGCGUAUGGCAAUGCUAGUGGAGAUCCAGUAAGUGCCAUGGAAGCAGCGACUAACAUCCUUGCCUCCGUAUCCAGUAGUUUUGAACCUAAGGGCGAGCUUUCAAGUACGGCUCAGGGUUUUGUUCCUGCUCUUCUUGGUUUGUUUGGUAAAGGACCAAAACCGAAGUCUUUUGAUGCUGUUAUUGGAGAGCAGAUAAAAGAUACUCUGGCGAAAUAUCCUGAAAAUAUUCUCUCUAGCCAAAAAAGUGUUUUGCUGUCAGCAUUUAAACGCGCCAAAGCCUACCUAGACAACGCUGCAAAGUCGGGGAAACCCUUUAGUACAAAGACAGUGCCUUUGGCAAAAAAAGAAGUGCAAAGAUUACAAGGUGCGAAGUUUAUGGGAAUACUUGUCAAUAAAACAAAUAUUAUGUUCGACGAUAACAAAUGGGCCAAUGCAAGAAAAGCCAUUAAAUAUUGUGAGAUGUACGCACAGCUAGCGGUAUACCGUGAUAUCAUCCUAACACAGUAUAUUUCCAUGAUACCAACCGAUGCAAAAUGGCAAACUAUCCUCAAUGAGACAAUAAACAAACAAGAGUCGUUAACAAAAACGGCAGAGGAUUUGCUCGGCAAGCUCUACGCAGUCGACUACGAUAGCGCGAUCAUUCCCYUKUUUGAUCCAGAUGUCAGCGUCAUAACGGACGCUUACUCUACUGAGAUGCUGAAAUUGGGUGAUUACGAUCGAUCAAUGACUGGACUGUAUUGCCUUAUGACCGAACGGAAUGGUCGCCUAGAAGAACUGGUUUGGAGUGAAACGGAUAAACACUUCAAACCUGCUAACAAUCCUUACACUAUACUUAUGAAAGAGAAAGGCAAUGAUAACUGUUUCUGGAAAAUAGUACCACACGCGGGAAACACGUCCAGCAUUGUGAAUAAGUUCAAAUGCAAAGAGAAGAACCAAUUUUGUGACUGGCCGCUAUCCUGGUCAAUGGCUGAUGGCAAGGCCUAUGUGGACAUCGACGCGAAUGACCCCAUUUUGUGGGAAAUYGGAGGUUCUAAUGACUGGAAAUAUAUUCGAAACAAAUUUGGUUGUGGCAAGAUGAACAGUAAGAAAUGGGGUAAGUGGUGCARCUACGACAUAAGGAUGAAAGACAGAACAGUUUCACAGRGUUCAACUAAAUUAGUUGGACAACUGCUWCCUGGAGAAGACAAAGGCUAUUGGAAGUUAAGAAAGGCAUGUGGCUGACAUGGUCCCAAGGAUGAAGAUCAGCAACCCUGAUAGCAAUGGAUGCUUGUAAAAUUGAUGAUGAAAAUAAMAMAAUGCUUGCCGAAUCUUAUGCAUAAUAAAAAUAUCAAAAUUCUGCAACUUACGGGAUAUGGAAUCUAACA